AUGUUAAUCAGACUCAAAACUAUCAUAAUUACAAGCCAACAUUUAAUCAAUACUGUAUACAAUCAUAUGUAUUAUAUUUACAAUAUAUAGGACAAAUUAUUUGAACGUAUUGUUUGUUUAUUAAAUAUUUUAGCAACUUAACAUCAGUUAAUAUAUAAAUUUAUGAAAGACACCUGUAAUCAGGAAGCUAUCUGAAAAAAGGGGGAAAAAAUGUUGCGCAUGCGCAAUACAUCGACUUGUUGUCCGGACGAAUUUAGGAGACGGACCCACGCGUGCGCACAUUGUCUGGGGGAGGAGCCAGAAUCCAAACACGAAAAUUAUAAAUGAAAUCGUUAUUGUAAGUACACGCAUUGUAUAAAGUAGCUGCAUACGAGUUGGCAUGGAAAUCUUACCAUGUGAGGAGGUGGAGCGUGUUACUGGUGCUAAAAUACCUAUGCUGCAAAUUGGUGACACUUGCAUUCAACAGUCUGAGUAUUACAAAACCAUCAUUUCGUCAUAUUACGGCUUCUCAGACGACUCCAGUGAUGAGGACGACUACAUGGCACCACUGCCAGUUACAAGUGAGGAAAGCUCUAUGUGCUGUGUUUGUGGAGACAGUAUCCCCUUCCUGGGUAACAUGAUAGAGCACUUUAAGACGCACACAGUCGAGGUGCAUUGCCACCUGUGUCGAGCAAAGUUUGGACGUGUAAUGUCGCUGGCGUUGCACUUAAAAAAUGCCCACCCAAACCACAGUCUCUUUUGUGAAAUCUGCGGAUCAGUCUUUAGUUGCACAUGGCAUCUAAACGGACAUAUGGGUAAGCACCGGAAAGCCGCAAUGGAGGUAAAAGCUGUGGUUAAAAUGGAAGAGAAAGAAGAAAUUAGCAUCAAAGAGACCAUAAGCUGCAUUGAUUUGAAAAGAGUAAUCAUGAUAGAUCAUUCAUAUUGUGCCUCAGCUACGAAUGACACUUGCAGAGACAUCCAGAAACGCAUUGAAAAUGAUACAAACUCCACAAAUCAAGCCUCACACAUCAAAACAGAAACAAAAAGAUUGCCUCUUAUUAAAGACGAACCAAUUGAUACCUUCAGCUUUUCUUCAUUCCCCUCGAACCAAUCAGAGCCAGAACAUCUGAGUUUUAGGGUGAAGGAAGAGAAUGACAAUGAGGAUGGGCUUAGAGAAACUGUAGUUUACGAGGUGGCUGCAGAGGAGGAAAUUUGCCUGGCAGAAGAUCAAGAAGGUACUGACACUGAUGAUGAGGCAAACCCUGAUUCUCUACCCCCUGGUGACACAGCGUACAACCCAGACGAGGACCUCAGCUCAGAUUCCGACGACGUUAGCUUAAAAUGCAUCUCCUACAGGUAUCGCCGAAAGAUAAAGAGAGGGAAGCAACAGGUGCCCAACAGGAAAACAUCAGCAAAUAUAAAUCUAGACUCAAUCAACAUUGCAGAGAAAUUUGGGUUUCAGUCUGAUUCUCCUUUUUGCUGCUAUGGCAAAUUCGCUAAUUUGGAGAAGCACAUGGAUGAUUGCAGGAACAAGCUGAUGUUUACUUGCUGUCUGUGCAGUAUGGCAUGUGAGACUGAAGAGUUGCUGAUGAAGCACAUGAUCGCAAAACACCCAGCAGCUGGGUAUAUCUGUGCGUUCUGCCACAAUGUUUUCCCUAGACUGGACAAUUUCAAAAAUCACAUCUGUAGGAAAAGACCUACAGGGAAAACAAACUUGCCGGCUACCUCGGUAUCCCAUUUACCCACAGUGCCUUUAUCUAAUAGCAGCGGUCAGGGAAGACCAUCUGCCCCUACUUUGUAUGCCUGUCAGAAUACCAUUAAAGUUAUCCAAAUAACUCCGACAGCGAACAGCGUUUCAACAACUCCUGAUCCUCCACCUGCGGUCGUCCCAUUGGGAUCAACCGAAGUUCUGACGCUGCAACACCUGCUUCAAACAACUCCCCUGGGCACUGCUAAGGUGACCAAUCUGGUUCCACAAGUUGUGGCUCUGCAACAAACUCUUGUUAGGCCCAAUUUCCUUCCAAGGUCUUGUGUUGCUCGCCCGAAAGUUCCAGUCCAUACACCUCCUGUAGUGCGUCCCUUGCUGUCAAAUCCGGCCAGGAUGACUCUACGUAUCCCUACCCUUUCUAAUCCACCUCUUCCAAAUUCAGUCGUCGUAUCCUUCUCGCCCACUGUGAACACUGCACACUGCACUGUCUCUGCACACACUUUUCUGUCAUCCAACAAACCUGUUCUGAGACCAACAUCAGUGGCUAAUAUUAGACCUCUACCUGUAAAUGUCCUGCCGAUGACCUCAGUCACCUUUCCCACCCUGGUGAGUGCUCUUACCGGGAACCACCAUCCUCAGAUUCCUCCUGCCCAGGUUCAGGCUCCGUUAAAAGUAGUGGCCAUGUUUAUGAAUCCUAGCAGGGAUUUGGCUCUUCAGAAGCGACACGAGAAGAGCUGGCGCUACAAGACCAUCUUCCCCUGCCGCCACUGCGGUGCCGUCUCGAGACAACCAUCGCUGAGGGUGCGUCAUCGUUACUUACAUCGUGGAUCGAGAUUGUACAAAUGUCAGUGCGGAAGGUCGUUCCAGCAACAGCUGCAUUUACUGCGGCACCAGGUCCAGCAUGCGGAGUCGGUCCGAUUUGUUUGUUCACGGUGUGGAAAUACGUUCGAAGGGGCGCAUGAAUUGACCUGGCACAAACGGAAGCAUAAAAAAGGCAAGCAAGCGAAAAAGAAAUGCAAGGCGGCUUUUGACUGUAGCUGUGGACAGAUGUUUGCGAGGCCGUCUGCGCUGUUGUGGCAUAUGCUUAAAAACUCAAAACUUUCUAAACGCACUAGAAAAAUCUCAAAAUCUGUCUCUCUAAGAAUUGUUUGUAAAUGAGACACAAGUAAGACUAAAACUCGUCUGUUUUGCAAAUCAACUGCAUUUUUUUUUUUUUUUUGGCCUAAAUGAUUUUUGUACGCACAAUGUUUCUAUUAUUAUGUUAACAACGGUGGUGGAUCAGAUUUUUUUUUUUUUUUUAGACUGAAGACUUUGACAACCAAAUCCAUAAAAUGGUAAAUAGUGACUCUUUAGCCCUAAUGAUAAGAUUUAUGUGUCAUGUAAUGUAAAGUGAACAUUGGUAUAAUUUGGUAGAUUUGGUAAAUCAGCGUGUAUAAAUUUUGAGUUGAGUUGAGUGGAUGUGACUACUAAAAUAAUGCUCACUAAUUGAGAGCUCUCAUUUAUUAAUAACCAAAGAAACACAACACUUUUUUUCUUCAUUUUUAUAGGGUUUUUGUGUCAUACGUCAAGGAUUG